CGGGACGCAGUCCAUUGCGAGCAUGCGCGAUACGCCGCGACCCGUCCGCUCGCCCGCGUUCUGUCUGUCUCCCCCUUACUCGGGGCGGCGCUGUAGGGGAAAAGGGAGGGGGGAAAGAGCGAGCGCGCGAGGCUUGGCCAAUCCUGAGCAUGCGCAGUAAGUCUCGACCAGUCAGUGAGGCGUUCUCUCCCGCUCGGUGCGGCAUUUCUUGGCCGCCCGCUGUGAGUUGAGCGAUUUCGGCGGCGGGAGGGGAGUGACCGCGUGAGGGGAGGGGGGGCUUCCUCUCCCCCCUCCCUCAGGCGGCCGAAGAUGGCGGAGACCGGCAGUCCCUCGACGCCUUCCCUGAAGGGGCUUCGGGAACAGAUGGUUGCUGCAGCCCAGGCAUUAGCUGAAGAAAGAAGAAACCAAAGUGGUGGUAGUCCUGUUCCAGUCCCAUCCUUAAUAAGUAUAAAAACAGCAACCAAACCAGUGAUAGAUGGCUCCCUUUUGAGAUCAGAAGAGAGGCAAAGACUAGCCAAGGAGCGUAGAGAAGAACGAGAGAAGCAGCAUGCUGCCAAAGAAACACAAUUACUUGAAAAAGAGAAGAAAGCAAAACUCCAAUAUGAAAAGCAAAUGGAAGAGAAACAGAGAAAACUGAAAGAGCAGAAGCUGAAAGAACAACAAAGAAGAACAGCAGUAGAAGAAAAAAGAAAACAAAAGAUUGAGGAAGAGAAGGAACAUUAUGAAGCAGUGGUGCAUCGUACUUUGGAGCGGAGCCAGAGACUAGAAACCAGACAGAAGAGAUGGUCUUGGGGUGGCUCCGUAACAGAUUCUGAUGGCAAGACAGAAUCACCAACUGCAUCUGAAGCCAGCAAACGCUCUUCUUCUUCAGCAAACCUCAAGCAAGUUAAAAUCAAUAAGCGUCUCUCAUCUUCGGCAGCACUUCUUAAUUCUCCAAGCAAGAGCACCGCUAAAAGAAGUUCUUCAUUAAACAGACUGAAUAACAAAGUUCCUCUGAAUUCUGAGCAGCCAAUGUCCAAAGGUUUACAGGUGGAUCAGAAAGGAGCAAUGGAAAAGAAGAGGAGCUCAUCCUUGAAUAGAAUGGGCAGUAAACUUCAGUCUUCCACAGAUUUUGAAAAUGUGCAAAAAGAAGAAAAAGCAGCUCGUCGUUCCCAGUUCAUCCCUCUGGAGAGUAACGUGAUCAGUCGCCUGCUCGCCCCCACCCAAGCUUCUUUAGCUAGGAGUAAAAGUGCCGCCACAUUAUCAGCUGAUGGCAGAGAUCCCUCAGAAUCUCCCCUCUGUCCUCGUUCAGCUCUCAACAGUUCCCCAGCUCAUGGUCCCAAAGCACCUGUACGCAGCCGCAGCAUUGACAGGUUGAAGACAAUAACUGCCUCUUCGUCAGAUAGUAUUUCACUGGAACAUGCACAGAGAGCUGAAGUAGGAAAACAGUCUCUGUCUCCUGCUGGGAGGCGUACACCAUCACCAUCUUUGUGCGCUUCCAGACGAUCACCCUCUCCUGCUAAACUGGGUAAACGCCCUCCAUCUCCAGCUGCAAUCAGCAGACAGAAGCCUCGACCGCCUUCACCAAGCAUCUUAAAACCAAGGCCAUCAUCUCCUGUAAUGGUUUCUAAACCAGCACCUAUUCAGCGCCCAUCUCUCACACCUAAUGUUCUCAAUAUACCAAAAAAGAAACCAGACAUGGACUGUAAACCAAAGGAGAAAGUAAACGAAACUGCAGGGCAAGAGCAAGGGCCUUAUCCACAGAUCUCAGAGCGAGACAUUGCUGCAAAUGCUUCAAAGACCAAAGAAGUUGCAGAUGCUAACAGCAAAAGUGCUCCAGGGACCACAUCAGCUGAAGAAGCAGCAAGAGUUUUGGCAGAGAAAAGGCGUCUUGCAAGAGAGCAAAGAGAACGUGAAGUCCUGGAAAGAGCUCUGAAAGAAGAAGAGGAAAGGGUCAAGAAAGAAGAAAUAGCCAAGAGAGCACUUGAGGAACAGGCACAGAGAGAAGAUGAGCUCCGUCAGCUAGAAGAGCAAAGGAAGAUAGAAGAGGAAGAGCAGCAAAGAUUGGCUGAGAAGGAGAGAGUUCGAAGGGAGGAAGAGGAACAGGAAAAGUUGGCUGAGCUUCAGCAGCAGCGAGAAGACGCUGAAGCAAAAGCACAAGAAGAGGCUAACAGGCAUCGGCAAGAGCAAGAGCGAAUUAUGCAGCAGAACAUGCAAGAGAGGCUGGAGAGGAGGAAGAGAAUUGAAGAAAUAAUGAAGAGGACUCGGAAGGCAGAGCAGAAUGAAACCAGGAAUGAAGAGAAAUCAAAUGAGGAAGAUGAAGAUAUUGAGGAUGAGUUUGACCUGGGCCUUGAAAAGCAAGAUCAGCCUGAAAAGGCAAAUUACAUUGACUCACCCCUGGAAGAUGCUCCUGAGAGUUUAUUACAAGAAGCAUCAAAAAUAGAGCCCAAUGAUGUCUUUAUAAAUGGCAACGAGCAACUGGAGAUUAAUCAGACAGACAAAGAUGAGAAUUCUGAGCAUUUCACUCAAAUAAAAGAGGCCAGUCCUCCAGCAAAAGAAGCAGUAAUUGAGAACUCAGCAAUUCUGCAUGUUAAUGAAGCCAAUCACCCAACUGGAUUCCUAUCAAAUCUGAAUGGAAAAUCUCUUGCAUGGAAUUUUGAGGAGAUAAUUGAUCUUGAAGUGAUUCCCAAGACAACCAGGCAAAGUUCAGAUAGCAUUGCUGCUGAAAUGUCAAACCUGAACUUGAAAGAUGCUACUCCAGUACCUCCAAGUCCCAAGGUGGUUUUUGAAGAAGAUAGCACAAUGAAUCCCUUGACCAAACCAAUAGAGACUGCAUCAGAACUGUGAACACAAGAAUCCUGGAAGUCUCCUGGUUGCUCUUCAGGAAUUCAGGGUUUUAGCAAGUCAUGAAGGCCUUGUUUUGAAAAAGCUGCUUGUGAACUUAUGCCCACCUCCAAGUUACUUGCAAACCCUCCCCACCCCCCACCCCAGCUUACCCCAUUUAACCUUGCACCUUGAAACCUCUUCAGGGAGAUUGUUGCCAUUGUUGUUUCUCCAGUUGCUUUCUUGGAUCUGUUUCCUUUUAUAAUGCAACUUGUUCUCCAUUUGAGGAAAUGUUCACUAAACUGCCUAAGGGUCCUUAAUUUUCCUUUUAACAUGAAAUACAGUGGCUUACUCUUGAGCCUUACUAACUAUUGCACAGACAGUUAGGGGGGAAAUGCCCUAAUUCUAAUGAUUAUUAAAAACCAAGCUCAAUUUAUUACGGGUUACUACCAUAACCUUGUCCGCUUGCGUUAUAGGGGGCAACAUCUGAAGAGAGAUAUAAAUAGUUGAGAUCAGUACCUUCUAUGAGUGCAGGUCAGACAACAAUUAUAACAGACUGUUUACUAUAAAAAAAACUUUAUGGGUUCCAAAGUCUCUGUCAACACUUGAAAAUCAAUCACCAUGUCCUUAAGAGUGGUGAGUUCUGAUAAAACAGAACAACAAAAAAGAUCCUGUUAGCCACAGAGGCAAAUCUCUUCUGCAUCUAUUGAAUGUUUCAGAUGGGGGUCACGCCUCUGAUGAUCAGAAUUCCAGUUUCGGGGGUCAACUUCUUCAACAUCUCCUGAUUGAUUCUGUUGUAAGAUGGGUGUGAUGUGUCAUAGGGAACAUAAAUGCUGCUGUUCAUUAGCCCCAGUGCCUGCACACACUACACAAAUUGCGGCUUAGGACGUGCUCAUCAAAGUAGGAAGAGCCAGGGCCCGCUGGACGCUUUUGAUGGGUCCAGAGGAACCAGUCUGAAUGAGUAUGUCAGCUUAUUUACCUUAACCCAUAUCUUUAAGUCACGUAAGCCUUUCAAAGGGUGGCCUUUCCACAAUACAUUUUAAUAGGCGAAGCUCAAUGUCUUGGUUUAAGCCUGAAAUUUGGAGAUGCAAAUUGUGUUGAUGCGGUGCACAGUCCACCAAGCUAUGCUGCUGUUGUGCAGCUUCUGGUCCUUUCGACAGGGUUUGUGUGGCUCUCUGUGCAAACCCCAAUGAAACUGGUGGCAGCCACAUGGGAGCAGUGCUAGGCAGAUUCUUCCCAUUGUGCAAUUGUCAUUAGUUGAGUUUGAACAGUUUUGUUUUUUUCUUUUUUUAAAAAAAAUUACAUGUAUUUAAAUUUAUCUUCACACAUGUAAGUAUUUUUGUGUACAUAAAACCAGUAUUAGACCCUUCAA